AUGGGUGUCAGGCAGAGUAGCGCUGUGGCUCAGAGUCGAACCCGGGCGUAUUCUAGCCCUGUUGAACCCUCUGAAAGCAGCACUACCCCAGAGUUCAGAUACACAGCCGGGCCUGAUGGCCCCCGAAUUCACUACCUCGGAGGGACCCGACCCAGCUCCUACCACCAGGUGUGUGUAAUGGAAGUGGUUUGGAACCAUACUUGCAUGAUGAGUAACUGCCUGACACCUGAAGAUUUGUGUUAGCUCCCCAAGCCAAUGCCAAAGCUUUAGUUCAGGAGGCCAACACAGUGUUGUGGCAAACGGGUUAAAACCCUGGUCAGUUAUGCCUGUGUGAUUCACUCACGUCCAUGUCCAGUAUCUUGACAUUCAGUGUGUGUGUGUGUGUCCACCAGACGGGGAUGAGUAUACCCCAUGGUGGCCAGAGCAGAUCUGAGGUGUUAAGUAGCAGUCUGGACCUGGCGGAGACAGAUGGAGACGGGGAGAGAGGAGGAGAACACCGGCUGAUGAUUGGCUCUCUACCACUUCACCUGUCCCCUCACCUACUGGGAGGUAGGCUAAAGUGUGUGUGUGUGUGUUUUCCUGGUCCUGACUGUCUACAUUAGGGUUUCCUGAUGUGUGUUCCCGCCUGGAUGCAUGUUUUGGUUUUUGCGCUAGCAUUACACAGCUGAUUCAAAUAAUCCAAGCUUGAUGAUGAGUUGGUUAUUUGAAUCAGCUGUGUAGUGCUAGGGGAAAACCAAAACGUGCACCCAGAGGGGGCCCCAGGACCGAGUUUGGGAAACCCUGGUCUACAUGAUAUCUUAUUCCACAACAAGGAAACUGUGUGUUGUUCUAAACCCUGUCACAGGGAGAAAGCACAUAGAUGACAAAUGUGCUUUCUCCCUGUGAAAUACAUUGUGGGGCGAGAGGAGCACAUUUAGGCCACAGAUAAGCACGUACUUCCUUCAUGGCACGUGUCUCAUACACACACACACAAACACACAAACAAAUAUAGGUUUUGUACUGGAGAGUGAGUGUCUAUCAGUCUGUAACUUAUUAAACUUUUCUUAAGGAACCAUGAAUGUCAUCAUGAUCAUGAAUUGACCUUUGGUCAUUAUGCAGAGACAUGACCACAACAUGGUUGACCUAUUUAUACACACACACACACUCUAAGUUUGUGGCGAGACCGAGAAAAAGGGCUGGUUGGAUGGAGUGUGUGUGUGCUGAUAUGUCCUGCUCUAUUUUCCCAAGGCUUUCUCUGUCCUGUGUGCAGUACGUUUGUGGCAUCAGAUGUGAUGGAGAUCCAUCUGAUCAUGUGUCUCACCAAAUCACGACUCCGCUACAACGGUGAGUGUGUGAUUGUGUGUGUGUUAGUUUGCCUGUCUGGCCUGCUGGUUCAGGAUGCCUUCUGAUUGGCUAGCAUGGUAUGUCAGGAUGAUGAUGAUUGAUUUGUUUGUGUUGUGUCCCAGAGGACGUUCUGGCGAAAGAUAGUGGGGAGUGUGCCAUCUGUCUAGAUGAGAUGGAGCAGGGAGACACCAUCUCUAGACUCCCCUGUCUCUGUAUAUAUCACAAA